CACUUUUAGCAUCACUUUAACUUUUUGUUAUCUAUUUCCCCUUUUUUCAUUAAUAUAUCUUUAUGUACUUUGUACUAAUUUUGAAUCAUUACAAUGCUGUAAAUAAUUAUUCCCCCCCCAAAAAAAAAAGAUAAUUUAUGAAACAUAAUUGGCUUAGGGCGUAUUUAGAGGGCUAAUGUGUUCAUCAUUUCUGGUGCUUGCAUUGUCUGAGUAAUGAGAUAUAUAUAUAUAAUCCUGUUGUACUAAAACAUCCCAUUUUCAAGUCAAUAUACACCAAAUAUAUUUCCUCGCACUUCGAGUAUUUAUUGUUUUAUGUAGUGACAUAUGCUUUUUUAAUGACUAUUUCAUGAUUGCCCCCUUUUAAGGUCUAAAUAUUAAACAUUUCCUGUCCGUGAUUGCGUUAGUAUUUGUGGACUGGCGAGGUGUCUGCUCUUCAUAUAAAAAAAUUUCAGCUCGCGCUUCGCGCUCGCAUCAUUUGGUUAGUGAAAUAUGUAUGUUCUUUGUGAAUUCCUACAAACAAGCCUUAGAAUGCUCCUCUUCAGGUCUGAAUUUCAAAAAUUUUCAGCUCGCGCUUCGCGCUCGCAAUAUUUGAUUAGUCAGAUAUGUAUCAUGUUAAUGAUUACAAUAACUACAAAAGAUGUUUCAUGGGUUAGGUCUAAUUCUAAAAAAACCAGCAAGCGCUUGCAUGGCGCUCGCAAUAGAUGACUAUGGUUAGAAAUGUAUGCACUUUAUGAAUUCCCUAAAACAGUCCUUAAAAUGUCCCUUUUUCGGGUCAAUAUAUACAAAAAAUUCAGCUCGCGCUUGCAUUGUUUGUUUUCUGAGAGAGGUACGUAUCAUGAUUACAAAACUUUGCUUAUAUCCUUUCUUACGUCUGAAUAUCAAAAAUUUUCAGCUCGCGCUUCGCGCUCGCAUUAUUUGAUAAGUGAGAUACAUAUCCGUUUAAUGGCACCGUCCUUAAAAUGUCUCUAUUAGGUCAGUAUACCUGGCAAAUGAGCGCGCUUCGCGCGCUCACUAAGUGACUCAACAUUUUUGCUGGUGCCCCCCCCCCCCCCAAUGCCAUGACCCACGGUACGCCACUGGGUAGAACAUCACCUUUUUUAUUGUUUGUUUUCUCUCUCUUGUUAUUUGAUACAUCUGGUUAAUAUUUCAUUUUUUAAUUGUUGAAACGCAUCAGUAUUAAUUUCCAGUAUCUUUGAACUAAAAAAGUUUGAUAUAAUUUCUUAAGGUUUCCAUGGCGAAGAAGAAUAGUGUAGUAGGUUUCACGGUACACCAUGUAUCUUUCUUUCAUGUACACAACUUGCAUCCUAGCAAAACUGUUGUCAACCUCAGUCAACGUCAGUUGUCUGAGAAUGAACAUCAGGUCCUCUCAUUGGGACUUAAUUUUGCUAUGGCUCCUAAGCAAGUAAACCGAAAAGAAUUCAUCCAGAAGAUUGAACCCAGCCUCAGACAUCUUACUCGGUCUCAAUCAGACACAGUGCGUAUCCAAAUCUCACAAGUACUGACUUCGGUUAACCCACCUCGGCCCAACCUCACCAAAGCCGAGAAGUCAGGCCUUGCUAGUCUCCGAGAGGAUAACUCCAUUCAUAUUCUCAAGGCAGACAAGGGUAAUGCUACUGUUGUGAUGGACAGAUUGGAUUAUGAGACCAAGGUUCAAAGACUACUGGAUUCGGGGACCUAUAGGAAACUUCCUAGAGACCCCACACCGGCCAUCGAACGUAGGGUUAAUGAUAAGCUCCUCUCUCUCCAGAGGAAGGAUGUCUUGUCUAGACCCAUUUACCGACAACUCCGGAGCUCGUCUGGUCUAUGUCCCAUAAUCUUUGGGCAACCGAAGAUUCAUAAACCAGACACUCCACUCAGACCUAUUGUGUCUACUAGAGGAUCUCCCACGUACGCACUGGCUCAGCAUUUGACUUACAUCUUACAGCCUCUUGUUGGUCAGGGCGUGCAUCACGUGAGAAACUCUAAACAUUUCGUUGAGCAGAUCUGUCAGAUGAACGUCUCUAACAAUGACCUCCUUAUCAGCUUUGAUGUUGAGUCAUUGUUCACAAGUGUACCAGUUAAGGAUGCUUGCGCCAUCAUCCUUGAGAGAUUGAAAUUUGACAGAACUCUCCCUGACAGAACACAGUUGUCUCCUCUAGAGAUCCAUGACCUGCUUGAAAUGUGCCUCAAUUCCACCUCUUUCAGAUGGAGAGACACAUUCUACAGGCAAACGGAAGGGGCUGCCAUGGGGUCUCCCCUGUCCCCAGUGGUAGCCAACAUGUUCAUGGAACAUUUCGAGGAGACGGCUCUCCAGUCAGCAACCCACAAACCCAAAGUGUGGCUUAGAUAUGUGGACGACACUUUUGUGGUUUGGCAACACGGUGCUGAGGAAACUAGCAAUUUCUUACAGCACCUCAACUCUCAACACGAGUGUAUCAAGUUCACCAUGGAAAUGGAGAAUGAGGGGUCUAUCCCCUUUCUUGAUACAAAGAUUACGAGGACGGCACAGGGAUCCCUAUCCCAUCAGGUUUAUCGGAAACCUACUCACACUGAUCGGUACUUGAACUAUCGUUCAUUCCACCACCCAUCAGUGCUGAGAUCCAUCAACAAGACGUUAGUCAAAUGAGCGCAUGAGGUUAGUGACCAGAUCCACCUGAGAGGUGAGCUUGAGCAUAUCAAACGUGUUUUGAAAUGUAACAACUACCCCUCACAUAAGAUCUGCACUGAGCUUCCCCCCUCGCGGAACCCUCGUGUAGGACAACCCAAGGCGAGAGUCGUUCUUCCAUAUCUGGGAGCAGCCUCUCACAAAAUUCAGAGGAUUUUGAGAGAAGCCGACAUUGAGGUUCGUCAUAGUUCCUCAAAUAAGCUUCAAUCUGCCCUCACUACACAUAAGGACAAGCGCAACUCCAAGGACCUCCCUGGAGUUUACCGAAUUCCUUGUGAAUGCGGCAAAGUUUACAUCGGAGAGACGGGUCGUUCCUUCAACACUCGGAUUAAGGAACACAAGGCCCAUGGUAGGAGAGACGAGAGGGAAAAAUCUGCAAUCAUCGAUCAUGCCCAUACGCAUGAUCACCGGAUUCUUUGGGAUGAGAGUAGACUGGUCACCCGUGUCCCCUACUUGUAUCAACGGAGAGUCAGAGAAGCGUUGGAGAUUGAGGAACAUAACACUGUUCCUCAAGACAGCGGCCUCCAACUCAGCAAUAUCUGGCUUACCGUUCUAGACAAAGAGGCUAAUUUGCCUAAUUAGCCUACCCGGACGUUCCACACACGUGUGAGCACUGCAGUGUAUGGGCGGAAGUGGUGACUUUUGUCAUUCAUGCUAAUCCUAGCGGGAAUGAUAACUGACAGCAAUUUCCGGUCGUCGCUGGUUUUGCGCGCCCAAUUUGUGUGUUGUCACCCACGUCCGCAUAUGUGGAUGUCAUGUGACCAUUCUAGCCAAUCAGAGACAUGUACCCUGCGAGAUACCGUGCAUACGACACUUCGACAGAGUAUAUAAGGCCUGCUUUUACAAACUUUGCUCUGCAAUCAUCGAUUUGGAUAAGAAGAAAGUUGUGCGAAUGAGCUGAGCUGCACUGAUAGAGCUGCACUGAUCUGCACUGAUCUGAGCUUUAUUUUCUGUGGAUUUAUAUGAUUUCGGAACUACUCUUUCAGCAAAAGCGAAAGUCUUAUAGAUUUUUAUCCAACAAGUGUCAUUAUAUUUGAAAACGAGACUCUGAGAAGCUUAUGAACCAACUCUUUCGAUUCGGACAGCGGAUUGGUAAGCCUGUCAGCGAAAUUCAAAAGCACAUUUACAGUAAACUAACCAACAUACUAACAAAACCCAAUGCUAACAGUACUUCUAAUAAUAUUCAAACUAUCCAAAAAGGGAUAAUGGAAACGGAAGAAACAGAUAUUUCUUCGGGAGAAGAAGCAUAUUAUCAAGCCGCAAUUGGUAAUGUAAUGAUGACCCCGAGCAGUAAUAGAAAACAUGGUAUAUUCCAAGCUCAUCUCAAUAAAUCAAAUGAUAGAGAGAGUUCUACAGAAGUUGAGAGUGAAAUGGAGUGGCGAAAAGUGGAGAGAGAAAAAGAGAAAAGCAAGUACAAGAACUAUAAAUGAAGACGACAAGAGAGUUAGGAAAGGAAGUUUCGAAAACAAAGAAGGGUCGAGUUCAAAUCGUAAAAAGCAGAAUAUCAGACAUGUCAGAAGUGAGAAUAAAUCUAUGAUAGUAGAAAUAAGAGAUGUAGACGAGAAUUCAAGCAUAAGCAAAAUAAGCCCAGCAAAACUCAUUAAAGAAAUCAACUCAAAGUAUGGUGAGGUGAGUAAAAUUAUGAAAGAAAAGGGAGGCCUGAAAGUUACUUGUAUUGAUGAAACACAGAUGAAAAAGAUUUUAGAAAUGACUGAAUUAAUUCACACCCCUGUCAAGGUUGCACAAUAUAUACCCAUUACUCAAAUCCGUGGUGUUAUUCAUAAAGUAGAUACACUAAUCACGGAGGAAGAACUCAAUGAACUCUUGAAAGAACAAGGUGUGACGUAUGUAAAGAGAUUCAAUAAACGAAUAAACGGUGAAUUAUCACCAACCCCUUCUGUUCUUUUAGUAUUCAAAGGACCAAAUCUUCCACACCAUGUCUCCUUUCUAUACCAAAAAUAUGUAGUUGAUGAGUUUGUCCCUACUGUAACAAGAUGCCAUAAAUGCCAGCAAUUUGGGCACAUCCAAAAGAAUUGUAAGGGUCAUUUAAGAUGUGUAAGAUGUGGUGAGGCCCACACUUUUGAAAUGUGCCCCAAUAAAGAUAGCCCAAAAUGCUUGAGAUGUAACCUUAAUCAUUCAGCGGCCUAUCAAGGAUGUACCUAUUAUAAGGAAGCAAAAAAUAUUCAAAAUGUCAGCCUGCAAAAUAAUUUAACUUAUGCUCAAGCAACAAAAAUAUACCAUCAAGAAAAAAGAGAAGAAAAUCACUCGAAAGAUCGUGAAUCAUCAAACAAGAAUAUUAUCAAACCCCCCAAAGGAAAGAAAAUCCCAGAUCAACCGAAUAUUUUGGAAGCUAAAGUAGAUCAAAUACCAACGGUAAAGAGGUCGACAAUAAAAACGGCGACCAUAUCCACUCAAACAGAAACGGCGGAAAAGUCUGUACAGACAGAUGCGCAAGAAUUCACUUGUAAAGAGAAUAAUCAUAGGCCUAAUGAAGCAGAAGAGUCUGGACCUGUAAUUCCCGCAUCCACAGAAAAUGCUAGAGUCGACUUUCUGGCAUUCAUCACUUUUAUAGUUAACAACCUUGACAAAGAAACUUCUCAUUCAAACAGAAUUAGAUUAGUGGUUGAGGCAGCCAAGCGAUGCUUAGACAUCAACGAGGUGUCUCCAGAGAUGAUCCACGAUCGUCUUCAGUAAUAAAGACAGCUCAAAUACAAUUAACGCUCGGCCUUUAAAUAUUUUACAAUGGAAUGCCCAAAGCAUGAAUGCUCACGGUCCAGACUUUUACAAAGAGCUAAUAGAAAAUGUAGAAUUAAACUCCAUCCCUGCCUUGAUAUGUUUACAAGAAACAUGGUUCACUGAUUUUAAUAUAUUAGCAAUUCCAGAUUUCAUCCCAGUAAUAAAAAAUAGAGGCCAAGGAGGAAGAGGAGGAAUUGCAAUAUAUGUGCAUAAAACAGUUACUUUCAAAGAAGUCAAUUUGCCUCAAAUCAAGGAAUAUCAAAGAAUUGACAUUUUCACUUAUGACAAGGUCAUUUCAUUAAUCAAUUAUUAUAAUCCUUGUCAAAAGAUAGAAUUGCGAGAUUUAGAAAAUUUGAUUGAAAAUUGUUCAAAAAACAUAAUAAUUACAGGUGAUUUCAAUUCACACAACCCUCUGUGGGGUAGCAUAAAGCGAGAUAGUAAUGGGACAUUAGUUGAAAACUUUAUAACAAAACAUGAUUUAGUAGUGUUGAACGAUGGGACGCCUACAAGAAUGGACAUCCAUACAGGGACAAGGUCUUGCCUAGACUUAACAAUUGCUUCGAAGGAAAUCGCCAGCAAACUAAAAUGGAACGUGCUAGGAAAUUUCGGGAGCGAUCACAAUGUUAUCAAGUGCUCACUGCACGAAAUAGAAUUUGUAGAUGAUAACAUCAAUCCUCAUGAAAAGAAUUGGUCCUUCAAGCACGUAAACUGGGAAAUAUAUCGGGAAAGAUUGAAGCAUAAAUUUAGUAAAAUAAAGAUAUUACAUUUUUCACAUGAUCUGAAUAUUCAAGAUAAGUACAAUUUGAUUUUGCAGAUUAUUAACGAAGUGGCAGAAGAAACCCUUCGCAAAGCAGGCAGAAAUCGAAAAGCAAAAAACCCAGUACCUUGGUGGACACUAGAAUACCAAGAAGCAAUCAAAGAAAGAAAUAAAUAUAGAAAUCGAUUAAAUAGACAUUUUAGAAAGGAUGACUUGGAAAUGUACAGGAAAAAGAAAGCAUAUGCUCAAAAAAUAAAGAGACGAACACAAAAGGAAUACUGGUUAAACUACUGUCAGUCUUUGAGGAGAACAUCCAACUUAGGCAAAGUAUGGGAUAUGGUGAAAGGACUACGAAAUGGUUCUGUCUCCAAACAUAUAUUUCCCAAUUUAUUAACAGGAAACAAUACACCAAUAGCUAAUGCUCAAGAAAAGGCAGAAUUGAUUGCUAAGGCUUUUAAAACGAUCGACAAUCGAUUAGACAAUGACGAGAUUAUUAGAAGAAAUUCAUUUGAAAAUUUGAUACGAAAUACGAUCGAAGAAAGCUACUCCUCUGAAACACCUCUUAAUGAUGAAUUCACAUAUAAUGAAUUAACAAGCGCUGUUAAGGAUAUGAAAAAUUCUGCAGCAGGUACAGAUGGUAUCAAGUCAAU